UUUGUGUAGCAGUGAAACGUUUUAGUGAGGCUCGGCUAAGCAACUGCGAAGGUUCUUGAAAGCGUCGUACGUUGUAGAUAUCUAGAUAUUCUGUAUUUUGUCGAGACGGAAGCAACAUGAUUUUUGCUACUGAUAUUUUAUCUAAUGAAAUAUUAUGAUCAGCGUUAUAUUCAAACAGGAUAUAGAUUAAUAAACUUAAUUAUAGACUCUAAAACCUAAGGUUUAUUAUCAUUUCGUUUUUAUCUUUAAAAGGAGACCAGAUAGUAUAUAGUCUAAGUCUGUGUGUCUUAUCUAUCACAUCUGGUAUACAUAUUAUUAAUACUGAGAGUAUAAUACUGAUCUAGCUAGAUCUACUUGAUCUAGAAGACUGAUGGUCUUUCUAGAUAAGGUCUAGACUAAAUCUAGAUCUAAUAGUCACAGAGCAUACACAAUUUAGACGGGUUUUUUUCGUCGAAACAACUCAGCUCUGACAGCUGUUCCAGAAAGGAUCACAAUGGCAGAGUCGAUGAGACAUCGACAACCAAAAAUUGUUAUAGUUGGUGCAGGAUUAGCUGGUGUAGCAGCAGGAAAGUAUCUAAUUUCAGAAGGAUUUUCAGAUUUCGUUAUUUUGGAAGCAUCUGAUAGAAUCGGUGGUAGAAUUUGGAGCAUCCCUGUUGACAAUAAUGGUCACAAGGUAGAGAUGGGCGCUAACUGGAUCCAUGGCAUUAAAGAUAACCCUAUAUACAAACUUGCUGAUGAGAACAAUCUUCUCACCGAAAGGGAACUUCAUCUUAACAGCAAAAAUAUCUAUUUAACAGAAUCUGGUGAAGCCAUUCAUGAGGGCACAGUUAAAAAAGUGGACUUUGCCUAUGGCACCAUGUUAUCCUCUUGUGAGGAAUACUUUCAUACAGACCCUCUAUCUGUUGAUGAUCAUGAGAGUUUGGGAGGUGAGCUGGACAAUUUAAUGGAGGAGAGAUUAAGAAAUACUGCUGGUGAGGAGCGUCACAUGCUAGAAUUAGUGUAUCAUCAACGCAGGCUAUUGGAAUGUUGUAUAUGUGGUUGUCACGACUUAAAUGAAGUUUCGCUUUCUCAGUUUGGAUCUUACAGAGAACUGCCUGGUCGUCACUUGGUUAUUCCUCGCGGAUUUUGUGCUAUCUUGGAUAUAGUUAAAAAUGGUAUACCAGAAGACAAAAUUAAAUUGAAUACUCCUGUGUCAAAAAUUUGUUAUGGAGAUUCAGAGGUUGAGGCUGGUUAUCCUAGUCCAGAUGGCAUGGUCACCGUCAAAUGUGACAAUGGAGAUGUAUAUUAUGCUGAUCAUGUGAUAGUGACUGUGUCAUUAGGAGUGAUGAAGUCACUUUGUGAUAAGAUGUUUAGCCCAGCCCUUCCAGCAAGAAAAUUAGAUGCCAUCCGCCGCAUGGGUUUCGGUGUAGUUAAUAAGGUCAUACUUGUCUUCGAUGAGCCUGUCCUGCCUCAACCCAUUCAUCGUCUUCAUCUAGCAUGGGAUCCUGCUGUUUUAUCAACUGAAAACCUAGCAGAGAGAUGGUUUAGGAAGAUUUACUCCUUAGAAGUUGUACAUGACAAUGUAUUGGUUGGUUGGCUCUCUGGCAGAGAAGCAAUGUAUCUUGAAUCAAUGAGUGAGGAGGAUUUAAUGAGAGAUAUGAACAGACUGGUUGAAAUGUUUGUUAGAACACAACGUGACACCAUUCCAAAGUUGACUCGAGUUAUACGAACCUCAUGGAGUAGUAACAAGUUCACCAAAGGUUCUUAUAGUUUCAUGUUGUUGGGUUCUUCUCAGGAGGAUAUCUACAGCUUGAUGAGCCCAAUCACCAAAAACUUAGAGGAUGGAAAUAAAAAGCCUGUUGUUUUAUUCGCUGGUGAAGCCACGCAUCCAGAGUUCUACUCCACUACUCAUGGAGCACUCUUGACAGGAAACAGAGAGGCAGAAAGGAUAAUACAGUUUUGGAGACCUAAUGAAGAAACCCGUAUGAGAUUUCCUGAACUUUGUCUCAAUUUUAGUGAUGCUGAGAGUACAGAGGAACAUUCUGACGAUGAUGAUGAUGAUGAAGGUCUUUGCUUUAUGUGAUUGGCAGUGAUAGUUAGCCAUAGUUAAUAUACAGCUUGUUUUGAUCAUUGACCAAAUGUGCACCUCCUGCAGUAGGGUGAGAUGGGCUCACUAACUUUGAAAAUAUUUAUUUGUCACAGGUUUCCCCCCCCCCCCCCCCCC